CCCUUGAAAGCGGGUAGAGGCGGGCCCCGUCUUCUCCCUCUCCCCGUCCCCCUUCAACAACAACGGGACGUCUAGAGGUGCCUGUCCCCUGUCCCAUGGGGUAUGCUUCUUUAACAGAGACCAGUGUCCCUGGUGAGGGAGGCUGCCUGUCGUAGUAAGGUAUGAUGAAGGGCUCCGCAGUGUAGCGUGGCAGAGGGUCCAGUAGCGAGGCCGGGAAGGAGCGGGCCGAGCGUGCUGUGCAGAGGCUCAGCUUGGGCUUUUAGCCGCUGAGCCCCAAUCUGGUCUGUGAAGGUGAGUAGGGUACAGCGGACCGACACUCUUCUGAGACAUCCCUCACCACGAUCACUGUUAAGAAGAAUUCCAGAUACAAUGAUAAACACAGCGCGCAUGAAGAUGGCUGGGAUCCUGAGACUACUUCUAACAAAUGCUUCCUUGAUCCCUCCUGGGGUAAAAAUGCUUUCAGAUCCUGGAUCUAGGUUGCUAUCAACACAUAAAUCCAAGAAGCUCAGAGAAUAUUACAUGCUGCUGAAUCUAGAUGAAGGAUGCUCUGUGGACGAUGUCAGGGAGACUUUUCAUAAGCUUGCCAAGCAGUACCAUCCAGACACUGGUUCUAUUGACGCUGAUUCUGCAACAUUUAUAAAGAUUGAAGAAGCUUAUAGGAAUGUGCUGUCCCACGUGAUAAAACAGAUGCAUGCCAGACGGAAUAAAGCUGAAGAUGCAGAAGAAGAAGAAGAAGAAGAAAAAUUCAAAUAUAAUACACCUCAGCACCGACAUUACUUAAGCUUCGAAGGUGUUGGCUUUGGGACUCCAAGUCAGCGAGAGAAACAAUACAGGCAGUUCAGGGCAGACCGUGCGAUGGAGCAGGUGAUGGACUAUCAAAGGCAGAAGCUUCAGAGGGAGUACUUCGCCAACAGCAUAACUGUCAAAGACUUACGGCAGAGCAAACAACAGAAGAUAACACAAGCCAUCGAGCGCCUGGUGGAGGACCUCAUUCAGGAAUCCAUGGCAAAAGGAGACUUUGACAAUCUCAGCGGCAAAGGAAAACCUCUGAAGAAGUUUUCUGGCUGCUCAUAUAUUGAUCCCAUGACUCACAACCUGAACCGAAUAUUGAUAGAUAACGGAUACCAACCAGAGUGGAUUCUGAUGCAGAAGGAAAUUAAGGAUACCAUUGAGCAACUUCGAGAAGCACUUUUAGUGUCUAGGAGGAAGCUUGGGAACCCUCUGUCACCAGCAGAACAGAAACAAUGGUCCCAAGUGUGUGAGCAGUUUCAAGAAAACAUCCGAAAGCUAAACAAGCGAAUUAAUGAUUUCAACUUGAUUGUUCCUAUCCUGACCAGGCAGAAAGUCCAUUUUGAUGCACAGAAAGAAAUUAUCAGAGUCCAAGAAAUGUACAGGGCCUUUGUAGAAGCAAAACAAUCCACAGAAGAAAACCAAAGUGACAUUAGCCAGGGAGAAGAGGAGAAAACACCCAGAGUCAAGGCAGGCUUUCUAAACUGGCUGAAUCUGUGGAAAUUUAUUAAAAUAUGACUGUUUUGGCAUUCACGAUCAUUUUCUGCUCUGGUCAGUUUUGAGUUGCUCUGACAUUAGACAUAGAGCCGGAGAUUGAUUGUCAUGUCCCAGGGACUUGAGAAACUAAUCACACCCGGUGGUAGAUGAGAGACUUGGGUAAAUUCCGCUGUAAUGAAGUAGUAAGAGGCCCCUGCCCCUGAAGGAGCAGGCUCUGGUGCCAGCUUCAGGUGUCGGCCUCCAGUCUCCAAGUGAAAUCUUAAAAUCUCAAAAGAACAAAGGAAGGGAGAAAGAAAGGAGAUAUGAAAGGAAAUGAAAACGAAAGGGGGCUGGAGAAACUGCCCAGUGUCUGAGAGUCCUUGCUCCUCGCUCCUCCUACAGAGGGCCGGAUUCCCAGCAUCCAUGUCAGGUGGCUCACAACUGCCACCUCCAGCUCCAGCUCCAGGGAUUCAAUGUGCACAUACAUGUGCACACACAUGUUAUAAAUUAAAAAUCUAAAGACAACAGGUAGGUUUUGCAGAUUUCCUCUGGUAUAUUCCAGAGCUUAUUAAAGCUCUAAACUGUGGGAAUGCUUGCUAGGUGGAGCAAAACUGAAGGUCAGGAAAUAGCACUCUGGGACUCCUGUGGGCACUGGACAAAGAAAAGGCCAAGUAAGGGGGCUAACUGUGCCCACUGGCCACAGAAGUCAGUUAAGCUAAUUGACUUAAAAGUCCUAAAAAUGUUAGAGUUGAUUAUAUUUUUGUAACUUUUAGAGGGAGCAAAAGUCCUUAAGAACAAUACAAAGGUAAAUGUUCACUUCUAGUCUCUUCUCUGAUACAAGCUGACACACUAGGUUUCCAUAAACCUUGCUUAAGUGCCGUGGUGCCAUAGAUCAGACCCCCCAGAGAUGGUUCAACAAUGUUAACCCCAAACUUAACCCUUUUUGGGACCCAACUUCCUGUCUUAGAGACCCUUUGACAGUUGGUCUAAGAUGAGGUAUCUAAAAUUUGUUCCUUGGAAUCUUCAGCAAGUCACAAGAGACAGAAAUUGAUGAGAUGGUUGUUCCAUCUCCUUUAAGAAAACUUGGGGCUCUCAGGCUUGGCUAGUUGCUUUGGGCACACAAUUGGGUACCCAGAAGGAAGCCCAAGUGUGCAGAAAGGAACUGACCCAUUUCCAGAGCAAUGUGAAGAUGGGGUUCAGAAGAACAGCGCUUGACACGGACAUGGGGCCGAGUCAUUUUGUAAGUCUGCGGUGGUUAAAACAUCAAAGAAACCUACAUCUUCAAAAGGAAGUUGGGCCCUUUCUGCUUUGAUAAUCGAGCAAUUGAGUGGCAUAAUGAAUAAUUUUUUUUUAGUUGGAACGAGUUAUCUAGCUUCUGGUGAUAGUACUAUAUACAUUACUAAAUGGAAUUGUCCGCAGCGUGGAGCAUGGCUUUGUGAUAAGAGCUGUGGCUCCAGAUUAUUUUAAGAGACUGCCAUUCUGUGAUGCUUACUUUAAAAAUGGGGGUUUGGAGUAAACAUGAAUGAAAUAAUUCUCAGUAUUGUACAUGAGAAGAUGAGGUUACAAAAACUAUUAAUUAUAGUACCACUCACUUUAUGUUUGCAAAUGUCUAUAUUAAUAAAAUUACCUUAAUGAUGA